AACACUGAAAAGUCCUUGUGAAGAACCUCCAGUAGCCAGCUGAGGAGCUCACUCAAGAGGCCCUGGUGGGUCAAGAUGCCCAUCCAGAUAUUCUGCACCAUCUCCUUCACUUCAAACCAGGAGAAAAACACAGUCAAGGAUUCAACGGAGAGUAAUGGUGACAAGUUCUUUUACCGCCGACAUGAAGUGGAAGACAUGGAGGUGGACUACGAAGAUGCAGCAGAACUGGAGGAAGAGGAAGAAACUGCUCCAGAUUUGAUGGCCUUUGCCAACAACUGUACCUUGCAUGGGGCCAACCACAUCUUCGUGGAGAGUGGCUUUGGGGUGCGCCAGGCCCUCUGGGCUGGCGCGUUCCUGUUCUCACUGUCAAUUUUCCUGUACCAGGUGGCUGGGCGAAUAUUAUACUAUCUGGAGUAUCAUCACAUAACUCAGCUGGAUGAACAGGAGAGCUCCCAGAUGGCUUUCCCUGCCGUCACUUUUUGCAACUUCAACCGCAUUCGUGUUUCUCAGCUAACCUACAGUGACCUGUUAUAUAUUUCCCCACUCGUGGGCUACGAUGAUCUCUCUUUGGAAGGAGGUUUCCCUCUGGCCCCACCUGUCUUUGAGAUACCUGAUGAACCUCUGAAUCUGUAUACCUUUUUUGACCAAAACAGCCAUCAGCUUGAGGACAUGAUGCUGGCCUGCAAAUACCGUGGCGAACCCUGCAGGCCUGACGACUUCUCCGUGGUGUUCACACGCUACGGAAAGUGCUACACGUUCAACUCGGGCCAGUCUGGAAAGCCACCACUCAUCACUAUGAAGGGGGGAACUGGUAAUGGCUUGGAGAUCAUGCUGGACAUUCAGCAAGAUGAGUAUCUUCCUGUUUGGGGAGAGACAGAUGAGACAUCAUUUGAAGCGGGGAUUAAAGUGCAGAUCCACAGCCAGGAUGAACCGCCCUUCAUUGACCAGCUGGGAUUUGGGGUGGCACCCGGUUUCCAGACAUUUGUGUCCUGCCAGGAGCAGCGGCUCAUCUACCUUCCUCCACCCUGGGGAGACUGCAAGGCAGUGACGAUGGAGUCUGAAUUCUACGACACCUACAGCAUCACAGCUUGCCGCAUAGACUGUGAGACCCGCUACUUGGUGGAGAACUGCAACUGCCGCAUGGUCCACAUGCCUGGUGAUGCUCCUUACUGCACCCCUGAGCAGUACAAGGAAUGUGCAGACCCAGCCCUUGACUUCUUGGUGGAGAGGGACAGCGAGUACUGUGUGUGUGAGAUGCCUUGCAAUGUCACUCGGUAUGGCAAGGAGCUCUCCAUGGUCAAGAUCCCCAGCAAAGCAUCAGCCAAGUACCUGGCCAAGAAAUACAACAAGAGUGAGCAGUACAUUGGGGAGAACAUCUUGGUUCUGGACAUUUUCUUUGAGGCUCUGAAUUAUGAAACCAUCGAACAGAAGAAAGCAUACGAAGUGGCUGGACUUCUGGGUGACAUCGGGGGACAGAUGGGCCUCUUCAUCGGAGCCAGUAUAUUAACUGUCCUCGAGCUCUUUGACUAUGCCUAUGAGGUUAUUAAGUUCCGCCUCUGCCGCCGUGGCAAGUGCCAGAAGAAGCACAAAGGGAACAGCAGUGACAAGGGCGUGGCCCUGAGCCUGGAUGACGUGAAACGCCACAAUCCAUGCGAGAAUAUCCGGGGGCACCCAGCGGGCAUGACGUAUGCAGCCAACAUCCUACCUCACCACCCGGCUAGGGGUACUUUUGAGGACUUUACCUGCUAACUGACGCCUGGAUGUACAACCAACGCUACCAAAGGGAAGGGUCCGUGCUGAGCAGCCCUGGCCCAGCCCAGCCCAUGAACCUGCCAACCUACACGUCAGGGCCUCUAUCUCAGACUCCUGGGGAAGCUGCUGAGUCCAGCCCCUCCUCCUCCCCCUUCCCCAGGCCGAGGCAGCGAUACGCACACAGAGCAAGGUGGACAGAGGUGAGGGGAGGGCCUGUCCUGCCAGGUCCACCCCAACAACUGCUCUUGCUCCAACAAUGGCCUUGGACUUGAACUCAACAGAAGAGCUGCCAGAAGAACCUUCUGCUGUGUCAAGUGGAGGGAAGGGCACAGCCUGCUCCCUCCCUCCCACCCACCCACCCACACUCCCCCCUCCUGUGCAUCUUGACUGUCUGUCUGUCCCUCUGUCUGUCUUCAUCCCACCUCGUGCCCACAGCUAGCCUCCCUUGGGGGCAGCCAUCUAGUGUGAAGCCCUUUGCAUCUUGAUGCCAAGAAGAACCUACAAGAGUGCCCACCGGACUCUUCCCCCCAAGGUGUGCCAUUUGUCAGGACUGCUUUGCCUCGCCAAAGGAGGCGGGUGCUUGCUGCAUUUCCUUGCUAUGUGUUGGCGGGGUGGGGCACAGCCACAGCUUUUCCUUUGUAGCAAAACUGUGACCAAACUGUGAGGGGCCACUUAAUUAGAACGUUUUCUCAUCUGCUUGUCUCAUCCAAAUAGCAGCUUCCCAUCUGGCCCAGCUUACCUUUCUUUCUAGGUCAAAGUCUUGUGCCCACAGCAUGAAAGAGGCAGAUGAAGGAACGGUGGAGGAGAUGUCCCGAAGUUGAAAGCAUCAGUUUCAUGAGCUGCCUGACCCACACCCACCCCACCCCGGUGCAUGUUGUUAGGGAUAAUGUGAAAAUGCUGAAGGUAGGGCAAGAAUUUCUCCAUAGGAUACACAACCAGACUGUUUUAAGUGUAUUUCUGUACAAGGGUUCCUUGCCUGCUGAAAGGAAAAGAAAGCAGCUGACAUUUAAACUCUGCAUCAUUUCUCACAACUCUUAGCCCAGUCCUGCAGCUAGGAAUAGGUCAGUGUCAUUCUUUGACUAAAGAGAAGUGUAGUGAUGAUGAAUAACAAUUCCCGUCUGCUGAAUGGUGGAAAUUUCUAAGGAAUUCAAAUCAGUAACUCUGCUACGGUGCAAUGCAGAAAACACAUUGCCCCUAAAUACUCAUGGGUAAACAUAGCCCAUCCUACCUUACAGCUAGCAACUUGCUGGUGAUAAACUACCACUACCAGAAAACAGGGAGUCUCCCAGGAAAUGUAUCCUAAUCAUGUAAAGCUUUUCAUUGUUCUGCACCCUCAGCACUGACAGGAAAAAAGGCCAGCUCGGGAAAGUAAAGAAGUCACUCCUGGAAGUUUCAGUAAGUCAGGUCCUUGGGUUUCAUCAAAUGCAGAAGUCUUAAGAAACCCCAAGUCCUAUUUGGCAACAUCUUUGUUCUGAUUGUGGAGUCACUCCAGCUGCUGUCAUGCCCAUCACUUAUCAUGCCGGUAGUCGAGCCAACAGUGAACAGGAAAGAAGGUUUUUUGCCUGAGAUUGGGAAGGAUUGAAUGAUAACAUGGAGGGGGGAAAGAGGGUGAUCUGAGCUUCCUUUAUGGUAUUUGUGUCUGGUUUGGUGUGGCUUGCCUAUAUCCUGUGCCUAGUAAGCAAGGCAAACGAUCAAGGCAAAGAAGACAGAGUGAUGGUGCUCAAAAACCUAUCAUGGUGAAGGAGACGCUGUUCGCCCCCUCAGUGGAUCAGCCAUCUUUCCCUGAUUUUUACCCCUAGAUAAGCAGAAUUUAAAACCUUGUUUGGGGAGGAGAAAACCAGGUGCGAUAGCCAGAAAGCAACCAACCACAGAGCAUAACCAGCGCAGUGCCACCACCAUGGGUGACUCAGUGCUGUUGGAGGAGGGGAAACGUGCCCAGAAUGUUGUUUUAUGAAACGGCUCUGAUGACCUGGUCCGCCCAGCUGUUUUGAGAGGUGUCCUGAAAGUAGGUCCACACAGGGGAAGUCUCUCCCAGAGCUUUGUAUUUGGAUAAAGAUCAGUCAAGCUGGGAAUGGGGGGGGGGGGGGGUUGGCUGCCUCUGUAACCCACCUUCCACUUGGAUUCUAGGGUGUCCUUUCCCUCUCCCUGUCCAUGGGCCAGCUGGGGUUGGGCCGGAUUCACCUGAGGGAGCAGGAUCAUCAGUGGUCAGAAAGUGACUCAGGAUGGUGCAAGAUCAGCCAUAAUGGACGAGUGGGUCUUCUGGUGUGGCAUGGAACUGGACUUUUCGUCCCUCCAAGCCUUAUAUCAAAAGAAAAAAGAAAAACUAAAGAAAUUCUGUGUGAUUUAACUUAAGGAGAUUAAAUUAAGGGAUGGAGGAACUGUUCCCAGUGGAACCCCAAGUGCCCGCUCUCUGCUCGCCAGAAUCCCCAGGCCUUGAUGACAUGGGGCACUCCCCAUUAAAACGGCCCCUUGGAGUGUUUUGCCUGGUUGGCACUUUGGUUGGCACUCAUAGGAAUAUGCCCACAGUGGGUUUUUGGUUUGCUUGUUUCACCUUGAAAGGAAAUCCAUCCCAUUCAGCCUGGGCCCCACAGCAUCUAGUGCCUGCCCCAGUCCCUGUCCGUGUCCAGAGCUCUCCUCAGACAUUAACCCAGACCUGCUGCAUGUGCAGACCCAAGGGCCAAAGUUCUCCUUAUCUUUAAGAGCUUUUGCAAUAAAAUCUCAUUCUUUUUGUAUGGCUUUUUUUAAAAAAUGAUUCUUAUUAUUCCAGGGGCUUGGUUUGGAGUUCUUCGUAUUUUUCUGAAGGUUCAUUUGUGAUUGGCCUCCUGAGUAAACCAAGGCCCCAGAGGUCCCAAAGAUGUGGCAUCUCUGCCAUAGCCAGAAAGUUUCCCAGGGACCUUUCGGGAGGGUUCUUUGUGUGGAGAGUUCUGCAUUUAUUUUCCUUCCAAUUAUUUCUAUUUUUCUGCUUGAAAGCUUUUGAAGAUAGGGCUCAGAUUUGACCUUUUUCUUUUUUAAGUUGUAUGUCCAUUUUUACUAUGUCAUGCUCAUUUUAUAUUUCUUAUAUAUAAAAUAUAUGAUAUAUAUUAUUAUAUAUAUAUGUACAUAUAUAUAUAUAUACACACACACGCACACACACGCACACACACAAACUCUCCUCUAUAUGCGCCAUGUCAGUGUAUAUACCCAUGUAGUAGCAUCAAAAUCCUUGAUAUUGUGCCAUUAUUAUUUCGUUUUUUCAACUACCGAUCUCUGAAUGCCUUCAAGUGUAUAAAGUGUCGAAUUUUCUCUGGUAUCUGUACUAUGUACACAUUUUCAUAGGAAGCACAAGAAGAUGACAAAAUGCAUUGUAUAUCAAAACUUGCUCCUCUUAACAAUGAUAUAAAUGAUAUCAACCAUG